AUGAAGUUUGGUCAGUUUGACGACAUCAUCAUCGCUUCUCCAAACCUUGUUUACGAACGCCACUUAAUGCAAUUUCGAUUCAACCCAAUCAUCGAGAAAACCCUUGCAUUUCAGGAUGCUGAUGACCGCGAAUUUCUUGAUACUAAUCUCACGAUCUUUCCACCAAAGUCAAACCACAUCUCAUUAGAUCUCUCCUGGUGUAGCUUCCUUAAUGCAUCACAUUCACCAGCUGGUUUUGAACCUUACAAUGAGGAAGUGAAUAGGCGAGCAGCACAUCCACAAUUCCCUCAUCUUCCUCCUCUGAUGCUUCCGCCACCGAGCCUCCCCGUCAUUUCCGAUCUCCUUCUCUUUUCCGCACACGGCCCAUCUCUUUUUACUCAAAAUCUGUUAAAUCUCCUGGUCGCGCUCGUCGUGGUGGCGGUGUUCGUCCUGUUGCUGACGCACGCCACCGCCAACGUCUUGGGGGCGCUGCUCAUCGGGGUCGCGGUGGUGCUGGUUCACGUCGCCAUGAGGAGGACCGACGAUUUUCUCGCCGACGAGGAUGGUUUGUAA